AUGCAUUUCCCCACCACCUCCUUCGCUCUUCUGGCCCUUACAGCCACUGCUCUUGCUGGCGUAGCAAGUCCGCGCGAUGCUACGAAGCGGGAUGCAUGUACCAAAGAAACACCUAAAGAUGACUCGGAAAGGCCUCUAUCGCUAGCCGAGCUUAUUAACGAGGCGAUUGUGCAACCAGAUCCCUUUCCAGAGCUUCCUCCAGGGGGCUUGGAUCUUUUUACGCGGGAUGCAUGUACCAAAGAAACAGCUAAAGAGGAUUCGGAAAGGCCUCUAUCGCUAGGCAAGCUUCUUGACGAGGCUGCAGCGAUUGCGCAACCAGAUCACCUUCCAGAGGACUUCGAUCUUUUUAAGCGGGAUGCAUGUACCGAAGAUACAGGUCCAGAUAGUCCGGAAAAGCUUCUAGAGCUGAGCAAGAUUCUUAACGAGGCGGCAGAGAUUUUCCGAACCGAUUCGACUCCGGGCUUGGAUCUUCUUAAGCGUAAUGCGCUGGAAUUACCAAAAUCUGACGAGAUCCUCCAGGACCGCGAUGCUGCGAAGCGGGAUGCAUGUACCAAAGAUACAAGUCCAGAUAGUCCGGAAAAGCUUGUGGAUAUAAACAAGAUUCUUAACGAGGCUGCAGAGAUUUUCCGAACCGAUUCUUAUCCACCGGGCUCCGGUCUUUUGAAGCGGAAUGCGAACAGGAGAAGCUUGCGAUGA